GUUUUGGAUCACACUUCAACUAACGGGAAAAUACCUUUUACGCACAGAGCGCUUGGAGAGGUGGCAGGAGACGGCGCAGCCGGAGAUCCGUUUUUCGAAGGACCAGAGAUCUACAAUCAACAGGUCGGUGCAUUAGGGAAGCGUGAGCUGAAGUGCCUGAGUAGACAUGUGGCUGCUGGAGAAGCUCCGUAGCUCUGUGGAGAACAGCGGAACACAUUCCCGGACCCCCCGGACCAUAGAGGCCAUUCCUGUCUCUGUUUAUGCCAACGUCCUCACUCCACAAAAGAUCCCUGAUUUCUUUAUCCCCCCCAAGCUCAUCUGCUGCCCGCCAGAAGAGUCUCUAACACCGGAGCCUCAGCACUUAUCGGCCUUGCGACCCUCUGUUUCCGACCACGCCAUCUGCAGCCAGAGCCCCAGGGCUCGGAGCAGCAAGAACCCCUGCAGCCCCCGCCUGUUCUCGCGCCUGGGGGGGGACACGCGCAAUCUCAAGAAGUCAGCCAACCGGCACAUCAUCCAAAUAGAGAGCGCCGACGAGCCGGGUGCCGGGUCCGCGGACAGGGCCCGUGUCAACACUAAUGCUGACCCCCAGUCACAGAGUGCAAUGUCUCUGCCUUAUGUCCCCAAGGCUCAGACUUCAUAUGGCUUUUCCACCCUGGUGGAGUCUCCUCACACCCGCCGCAAGGAGAGCCUGUUCCACAGCGACCCGGGCAGCCCUCUCACCUCCCCAAACUCCCAGAGGCGCUCCCAGGGGGGGACUCUCCUGGCCCCGGCUGACCCCAACCCGUACCGCUAUUUCAGUGGUGGAGAGAGCGAUACCUGCUCCUCUGCGGAAUCGUCCCCCUUUACCUCCCCUCUGCUGUCCCGCUCGGCCUCCCUCUUACGCUCCAUUACCCAGGAGACACAUGCCAAGAUGUCCCGUGCCAAGCGCUCCCUGGCACGCCACAGCUCCGUCUCCACUGACGAGUGCAGCUCGGCAGACAACAGCCCCAACAUGCAGCGGCGCCACAUGCGCUGCCCUCGCUCCCCGGCCUUUCGCGGAUGUAAGGGCAGUGGCUCCAGGGGAACAGCGUCAGACCUCCAGCAGCGAGAGCACACCAUCAACCUCCACAAGGGGGGCACCAUGCGGCUGAGCACCCACUACGACCCAGAGGCGGCUCGGCUGAGGGUGCGCUUGCUCACGGCCGAGGCCCUCUACGACAAGCAGACUGACAUUAAAAGCAUCAACUGUUGCGUGGCACUCUACCUCAACCCUGGCAAGCAGCAGAAACAGAGGAGCACCAUCAUCAAGAACAGCAGGAAUCCGGUAUUCAACGAAGACUUUUUUUUUGAUGCGCUGCCCCAGACCCAAGUGAAGAGUCUGGCCUUGAAGAUCAAGGUGGUGAACAAAGGAACCAGCCUGAGGAGAAACGUGCUUCUAGGGGAAAGGGAGGUGCUGCUCAGUGAGCUGCUCGCAGACCUCUAGGGAGGCCCUGUCAAGACUCCACGUCUCGGAGAGCCCCUUCUUCUCCACCUAUCACGUCCAACAGAAGAGGUCGGAUAAAUACUGGGCAGAUCAAAGAAUGCUGAUGACAAGGCAGUUGUGUUUUGCACAUUAUGUUAUUUAAAUCAAUGGAUGUAAAUACAUCUCUGUGGAAGCCUCUGUAGAAUUAAAAGUUCAACUAUCAAGUUGCGAUCAGGCUGGCGAGGUUAAAUGAGUUGAAAUCACCAUU